AUGCCGUCCUGGACACCGCCUGUCCCGCUCUGCUCAGCUUCGCAGAAGGAGAGUUUCGCCUACGAAUCGACCGUCAAGCGCUGGCCGAUCAUUCUCACGGGCGUAGUCGACGAGCUGAACAAGAUCAACGGCACUCUCUCCGGGUCGAAUGAUGACGAGCAGGCGAAGAUGGCGGAGGGCAAGCAGCUCAUCAACGACAUCUCGGGCUUGAUCUACGAGAUGCGGCAUGACCGGGACCUCUCGCCGCUUCAGGCGACUGGCCUUCCUGACGACACGGCCGCCUACAACGACGAACUUGCUCAGCUUGCCGAGAAGGGGGAGAACAAGUGGUUCAGUGCGCCGUGGCUUUUUGCGGAAUGCUACCUCUACCGCCGAUUGAGGGGUCUCUUCGCCGUCACAAAGCACUGGAACCUGUUCGACCCGUUCGCGAGCCAGAAGCUGUCGACCUGGCGCUCUUCCGCGGUCGGUGCAGCCGCUCUCGCCAAGUCGCUCCAGAAGCUCGUUCAGGAGGGACCCGUCAACGACGAGAAGAAGCUCAAGCUCGACCUGCUGGGCAUGCUUGAGGUCGACCUCUGGGGAAACGCGACGGACCUCUCGCUUUUGACGUCCUUGACGCACGAGGAGAUCCAGCAGCUCCAGUCAGUCGAGCGCGGCCAGCACUUCGUCCUCAAGACCGACUUUGAGCGGACAUGGGAGCACUUCAAGACGCUCAAGGACGCGCGGGUCGACAUCGUCCUCGACAACUCUGGCUUCGAGCUGUACACCGACAUGGUCCUCGCCGACUGGCUCGUCACUCUUUCGCCUUACGUUUCCGAAGUCGUCUUCCACCCGAAGCUCAUCCCUUGGUUCGUCUCGGACGUACAACCGCACGACUUCCUCAUUCUUCUCGACACCCUCGACGACGCUUCCUUCUUCCCUGCCGACUCUGGCCUGACCGAGGAGGACCGCACAGCCUUCCGCGAGCUCGCCGCACGAUGGAAGCGCUACGUCAAGGAGGGCAAGUUCCGCCUGAGCGUGCCGACGGAGCUCAAGAUGGGCGAUAAGGGCGGCGAGUUGGCAGACUUCUGGACCACGCCGCACGGAUUCGCUGAAUUACCCGCCGCCGCGCCUCAGCUACUCUCGGAGCUGCAGAAGGCGUCGCUCGUCAUCUUCAAGGGUGACCUCAACUACCGCAAGCUCGUCGGUGACGCUUGGUGGCCUACAACCACUCCGUUCGACGACGCCCUCGGACCGCUGCGCGGCAAGAUCGACAUUCUCUCGCUGCGGACAUGCAAGGCGGACACCGUCGUUGGCUUGCCAGAAGGUACGGAAGAGCGGGUGGAGAAGGAGGACCCGAAAUGGCGGAUCAACGGCAAGUACGCCGUUGUCAGCUUCUCGCCGCGAGACUCAUAG